UCCAGCAGAGCCAGGCUGGAAAUCCGCGGGGAAAUGGCAAACAGGAUUGACGGGUUUCUCGCGCCCUCGCCAGACACAGCGGCUCAUUUCCAUAACCGUCUGCGGCGGCGGCGGGACCUGCGGGGACCUCGGCCGCCGCGCACCGGGCCACGCCGACAGGGCCCGGAGGCGCGUGGGCAGCGGCGGCCGCGCGGAGGACGGCGGCGGCUGGAGCGCAGGGCGCGCGAUCUAAGGCUGUUAGAGAUGACGCUGGUUCUGUCCAUGAAUAGAUUCUGCGAGCCCAUUGUCUCAGAAGGAGCUGCUGAAAUUGCCGGGUACCACACACUAUGGGAGGCUGACAGCUACGGAGGUGCGAGCCCCCCAGGGCCAGCACAUGUUCCUUCACAGGGAGACCGGGGAGGCAGCCCACAACUGGCAGGAUCACAUUACAGGGGGAUUCCAAACCCUGUAAGCACACCCAAGGUCACGUACUUCAAGAGGAAGUAUGCGGAAGAAGAGGAGCUUCCCACACCACUCAGCGGCUGCAACCAUAAGACCAUCUCCAUUUUUGAGGAGCGAGCACACAUCCUUUACAUGUCCCUGGAGAAGCUCAGGUUCAUCGAUGACCCGGAAGUGUACCUGCGAAGGUCAGUCCUUAUCAACAAUCUGAUGAAGAGGAUCCACGGGGAGAUCGUCAUGCAGAACAGCUGGUACCUCCCUGCCUGUUCCCUCAGUGGCACCUCUGCCCAAGAGUGGUUCCUGGCUCAAGACUGUCCUUAUCGGAAACGGCCCCGGGUGGCCAAACAGGAGUGGGAAAAGUUCCACACUUGCUGUUUUUACCAGGAGUGUGGCGGUCACUGCCUGAACCUACCCCUCUCUGUCAGUGAUGGUGUUGGAAGCGCUUCGGCCGCUGCUGUGGCCUCAUCUGCCUCUUCCUCUUCCUCCCCAUCCACCUCUUCUCCAUCCUCCCCAUCCUCCUCGUCCUCAUCCUCGUCCUCCCCUCUGCCUCUGCCCAGUUGUUCCCACCACGUGGACUUUGACGUAGGCAGUGCACCUAUUUACAAGAGCCAAGUACCUGCCAGCGAAAUCUUUGUCACUAACGUUAGGUCGCUUGGUGUCCAGGAAAAGGUCAAGUUCAACAGCGACGGGAAAGUAAGUCACGAAACCAGCAGAGAUGGCAACGCCCUCGGCCAAGAACCUGUGGGAAACGACCUCGAUUUUGAGUGCAAAGGCCAAUUUUAUGAUUAUUUCGAGACUGGAUAUACUGAGAGAAACCGUGUGAGUGAGUCUUGGAAAAAGUCUUUGAGGAAAAAGGAGCUUUCCCCAAGCAACAAACUGUGCUGCAGCAGAGGGGGUAAAAUGUGACCCCCCACCCCCACCCCUGACUGGCGCAGAAGCACGCACAGCAUGAUCGGUUUUUACUUUGGGUUUUGUAGUUUUGUACAACCGAUAAAAUCACGCAGUGAACACGCCCCGUCGUGUCACUGCCCGGAGAGCAGAUUGCACAAAACAUCUGUACAGUAGGCAUCCACAAGCCACUUAUUAAUGUGAUUUUUGCCAAGGAAAGCCAACUUCAUGUUUCAAAGUAUAUCCUAGUUUCCUUUUUUUCUAAAAAAAAAAAAAAAAAUUAAAAAAAAAUCAGUAGAGUAGAUCGAAGACAACAUGCCCUUGUUAUGUUCCCACUGCCCCUCCAUGGAGCCUGCCGCUAGCCAAGUUCAACAUGUUUGCCGGUUAAUUAGGUAGUUACUUGGUAAACAAAUCAAUAUAACCAGCAGAGGUGCCUGCUUCAAUGUGAUACGGUAUUUUUUCCCCCUGAGUGAAAGACUGAAGGCAGGAAGCUAGAUGAAGUGGUUUCAUGAGCUGUGACAUGUUUGUACUGGACAGGUUGGGGCGAAAUGAAGCACACCUGUCAGGCAGCAGUCUAGGCUCUGUGGAGACAGUUCCCUACAAGCUCCUGGCUUGCCUGUGAUGGCUAGUGGGUGGCUAGAGAGGGGGUGUGCAGGGCCACCUCUGACGGGGUCACAGGGAGGUGACGUACAGAACCGUCUCUGAUGGGGCGAGUAGGAGGUGGCACACAGAGCCAUCUUUGAUGGGGUGGCUAGAGAGGUGGCGUACAGGGCCAUCUUGGUGAUGGGGUGAUAGGUGGCAUAUAGGGCCAUCUUGGGUGCCUUACUUUAUCUUAAUUUUUGCCAGUGUGAAAAUUAAGGACGAAUCAGAGUUACAGCAGGGAUUUGACAAAACACAGGGUGGAUCCAUGCAGUUUGGAAGCUUAACUUUGAACUAUCGUGUUCAACUUUCAAGUUACCCUCCCCCUUUUUCCUUUGUUUAUGACUAAGCCCAGUGGCUGUGAGUCUGAUAUUUUUGGGUAGAGACGGAGAAGACAGUGGGGAAGGCCAUCAGGAACAGAGAAGGCUGCCUGGGUUCUCCAUGGCAACGAGCGGUUGCUGGGUCUGGACUCUCCCAGCUUUGGGCUGUUUUGUUUCCUUGUCCAGUGACAUUCAUAGCCCGUGCGUGGCAUGCGUUAUAUUUUGACCUGUUUUUGCAUCAUUUCAUGCAUUUAGACUCUUAAGAGCAUGUGGUUUCUAUAUACGAAUUUUCGCUGUUGAUUGAGAAGCACAAUGUUAAUAGAUUACGUGGUGAUCAAUACGUUUUAUCUUAAAGAAUGUAAAGGUUUGUAGGUUGCUGAACGUUAUUUUGGAGAAAUGGGGCUCUCUCGUCAUUGAUACUGUUGUGUAUUUGGCCGACACACUCCUCAACAAUACCUUGAAUUUGCACAUUGGCAAGUGUCCUCAGUGCUACUCUGGAACAGUCCCACCAGCUCCCCGUGAACUACUCCCAUCUCCAAGGCCAAGGACUGGUCUGGGUGACCUGGGUCUCUUAAAACCAUUAUUUACAGGAAACAAAUGCCAAAAGGAAUAAAUAGGUAAGUUCUCCCACUUUCUCCAAGAUGAAGCUUUUUAAUUAUUGCUAUUGAUAUUAAAUAGGUCUCAUUCAUACAGUGUAUGAGUAGAUCGUUUGGGCAAUUGUCCGCAAGGACCAAUUUUCUAAAGAUGUUCCUGUGUUAUGGCUGAAUAGUCUAGUAAUGUCUCGUCCUUUAUUUUCAAUAUUUGAUGAACAUUUUGAUGUUGGAAAUUUAGCCGAUAGAUGCUUGUACAUGACUGUGUUGUAAUAUAGUGAGGUUUUCUUGAUAUAUAUUUAUUAAAACGAUCAAAAUUCA